AUCAUCUGAGAGCGACAUAUACUUCUAUAGUUCACAUAAUCUUGGAUCUUUUGUUAGUCAUCAACCACCGUUUUUAAUAAGGAAUCGCCGUCUAUUGCACAAUGGGACACCUUGUUAACCUCAGAUAACCUCUAGAGCUAAAGGUGCGAGCAAGGAAUCAGGCAUCCAAAGACACCGCCGGUGCGGCGCAGGGGACAAGGGCGGCGAGGCGAGGGCGCUGCGUCUGGCCGCCGUGGCGAGGAAGUAGCUGGAGGACCCCCGCGUCGGGUACUCCGGCGACGUCGACCCCGCCGCCAACGGGGGGCAGGCGCUCAGCUCGCUUGCGAUGGCCGGCGCGCGCGUCUCCCUCGCCGAGCCCUGCCGCGUGGUCUGCUCGCUCCGCGUGCGAGCCGCGCUCACCGACGCGGGGGGGAGGUGGCACGCCGGGGCGAUCGCGGCGGCGGCGGACAACAUGUGCUCGGCGGUGGUCUUGACGGUGGAGGGCGCGCCCACGUCCACCGUCCACUACGGCUCGUCCUACUUCUCCCCCGCCCAUCACAACACUCUUGUGAUGAAUUGGAGUUCUAGGAGGAAGACAUCAAUGCAACAAAAUAACUUUUGAGAGGGAAAGUCAAAAUCCAAGUGAUUUUUGGGAGAUUUUUUUUGCAUUUUUCCCUUAUUAUAUUGUGAGAAAGUCUGUAAACUCGUUUUGGAUGGUACAACAAUGGUGAAUCAUAGCUAGUGGAUGAUAUCAUGUGGUUGUUAUGGUAUUGCCAUGCUUAGUUACGUUUUUUUAUAUUGUUAACAUGUGCAGCUUAUCUUGGUUAAGAUGAAUGUUUAAUCAAUUGUAGUUAAAUAGUUUGUUAAAGCAAUUCACUUACUGAGAUUUUUGAAUUUCAUCAUUGUUAUCUUUCUAGAUGUACUUUGAGAUGAUGAUGAGCUUGCAGGAGAGUUAGUUGCACGUUGUUGGUACUUUCAUAUUUAUCAUUUGAUUAAACUUGUCACGUAUGUUUUGGCCUGU